UGCUCAUUUAUUUAUUAUAUAUUUUGGAAAAAAGUGAGAAAAAACUGAAACGGUGCGACGUUAUUAAAUCUUUUAAAUCCCCCCACCAAAGCAUCUGCUUCUUCCUCUUGUCUCUCUCUCUCUCUCUCUCUCUUUCAUCUUCAAACUCUACAAACCCAGAAACCACCACACAGUAAUUAAUGUCUCUUUCUUUCUUCCCAUGUGAUCUUUAACAGACUUUUCUUCUUAUUCUCCAUCUCUGAAGUUGUGGGGAUUCAUCAAGACUUCCUUAUCUGUUUCUUUUAUAAAACAAGAGAGAGAUACCACUUUUGGUGUUCUUUAUUUGCAACUCUUUCAGGUUAAAGAAAUCGAUAGGCUCUGUUCUUGAUUGUGGUGGAAGAGACAUGAUGAUGUUUAACGAGAUGGGAAUGUAUGGAAACAUGGAUUUCUUCUCUUCCUCCACAUCUCUCGAUGUGUGUCCAUUACCACAAGCUGAACAAGAACCUGUAGUUGAAGAUGUCGACUACACCGAUGAUGAGAUGGAUGUGGAUGAGCUUGAGAAGAGGAUGUGGAGAGACAAAAUGCGUUUGAAACGUCUCAAGGAGCAACAGAGUAAGUGUAAAGAAGGCGUCGAUGGUUCGAAACAGAGGCAGUCGCAAGAGCAAGCUAGGAGGAAGAAAAUGUCUAGAGCCCAAGAUGGGAUCUUGAAGUAUAUGUUGAAGAUGAUGGAAGUUUGUAAAGCUCAAGGCUUUGUUUAUGGUAUUAUUCCUGAGAAGGGUAAGCCUGUGACUGGUGCUUCGGAUAAUUUGAGGGAAUGGUGGAAAGAUAAGGUUAGGUUUGAUCGUAAUGGUCCAGCUGCUAUUGCUAAGUAUCAGUCAGAGAAUAAUAUUUCUGGAGGGAGUAAUGAUUGUAACAGCUUGGUUGGUCCAACACCGCAUACGCUUCAGGAGCUUCAGGACACGACUCUUGGUUCGCUUUUAUCGGCUUUGAUGCAACAUUGUGAUCCACCGCAGAGACGGUUUCCUUUGGAGAAAGGAGUUUCUCCACCUUGGUGGCCUAAUGGGAAUGAAGAGUGGUGGCCUCAGCUUGGUUUACCAAAUGAGCAAGGUCCUCCUCCUUAUAAGAAGCCUCAUGAUUUGAAGAAAGCUUGGAAAGUCGGUGUUUUAACUGCGGUGAUCAAGCAUAUGUCGCCGGAUAUUGCGAAGAUCCGUAAGCUUGUGAGGCAAUCAAAAUGCUUGCAGGAUAAGAUGACGGCGAAAGAGAGUGCUACUUGGCUUGCCAUUAUUAACCAAGAAGAGGUUGUGGCUCGGGAGCUUUAUCCCGAGUCAUGCCCUCCUCUUUCUUCUUCUUCAUCAUUAGGAAGCGGGUCGCUUCUCAUUAAUGAUUGUAGCGAGUAUGACGUUGAAGGUUUCGAGAAGGAACAACAUGGUUUCGAUGUGGAAGAGCGGAAACCAGAGAUAGUGAUGAUGCAUCCUCUAGCAAGCUUUGGGGUUGCUAAAAUGCAACAUUUUCCCAUAAAGGAGGAGGUCGCCACCACGGUAAACUUAGAGUUCACGAGAAAGAGGAAGCAGAACAAUGAUAUGAAUGUUAUGGUAAUGGACAGAUCAGCAGGUUACACUUGUGAGAAUGGUCAGUGUCCUCACAGCAAAAUGAAUCUUGGAUUUCAAGACAGGAGUUCAAGGGACAACCACCAGAUGGUUUGUCCAUAUAGAGACAAUCGUUUAGCGUAUGGAGCAUCCAAGUUUCAUAUGGGUGGAAUGAAACUAGUAGUUCCUCAGCAACCAGUCCAACCGAUCGACCUAUCGGGCGUUGGAGUUCCGGAAAACGGGCAGAAGAUGAUCACCGAGCUUAUGGCCAUGUACGACAGAAAUGUCCAAAGCAACCAAACGCCUCCUACUUUGAUGGAAAACCAAAGCAUGGUCAUUGAUGCAAAAGCAGCUCAGAAUCAGCAGCUGAAUUUCAACAGUGGCAAUCAAAUGUUUAUGCAACAAGGGACGAACAACGGGGUUAACAAUCGGUUCCAGAUGGUGUUUGAUUCGACACCAUUCGAUAUGGCAGCAUUCGAUUACAGAGAUGAUUGGCAAACCGGAGCAAUGGAAGGAAUGGGGAAGCAGCAGCAGCAGCAGCAGCAGCAGCAAGAUGUAUCAAUAUGGUUCUGAAUAUUACACAAUCUCUGUAACAUUCAUUCUUUCAUAAUAACUCUGUUACCUACUUACCUGACUUGGGUAUGUAUUCUAUUGGCACCAAACACUCAUCUAUAUUGUUGAUGAUGAUGAAGCCAUCUAUUUUUUUUGUGUCUGAAAGUCAUUUAACUCGCUUCAUUGUUUUAAUAAUGUCACUAUCCAUUGAACAUCAUUCUCAUGCUACAAGUUUGAUUCUUUGAG